AAUUAGGCCCUAAAUAUCUGCAAUAUAAAAUAGUAAAUAAUUCAAAGAUAAAGGCGGUGGGCGUAUGUUUAUUUUUAGCAUGGCCACAAAAUUUCUGCAAGUCCAUAUCAAUUUACAACUGAUCGUAGUGAAGGAGGUGAGGACAGAGAAAAGGCUAACGCUCCUCUCACCGCCGUUCAAUAACAAACCCUAAGUAAUCUCCGUUCAUACCUAAUUGCCUUGCCGCUUGAGAUAUUAUUUCAAUAUCAAUCCAUUACAUCUCCGUUUCGCAACCAUUUUCCGAUCUGGAUCGAUUUCGAAGGCCUUUUUUCGUAUCGUAGGUUCUAUUCCUACAAUCGAUCUUGAGAAAUAAUUCGAUAAUUGUGUCGAGGGAUGUCGCUUUUAGCAAAAAGCGAUUCGAUUCAGAUUCGAGAGGUGUGGAAUGACAACCUGGAAGAAGAAUUCGCAUUGAUUCGUAAUAUCGUUGAUGAUUUUCCUUACAUAGCAAUGGACACCGAGUUUCCUGGAAUCGUUCUUCGUCCGGUUGGUAAUUUCAAAAACAGCAACGAUUAUCAUUACCAGACAUUAAAAGACAACGUCGACAUGUUGAAAUUGAUUCAACUAGGGCUAACGUUCUCCGACGAAGAAGGUAAUUUACCAACCUGCGGAACGGAUAAACAGUGUAUAUGGCAAUUCAAUUUCCGGGAAUUCAAUGUGAAUGAAGAUGUUUUUGCAAACGAUUCCGUUGAGCUUUUGAGAGAGAGCGGCAUAGAUUUCAAGAGAAACAACGAAACCGGAAUCAAUGCACGGAGAUUCGGGGAACUGUUGAUGUCGUCAGGCAUUGUUUUGAAUGAUAGUGUGUAUUGGGUAACCUUCCACUCUGGUUAUGAUUUUGGUUAUUUGCUGAAGGUGUUGACAUGCAAGAAUCUUCCCGAUACACAAUCAGGGUUCUUCAAUUUGAUUAAUAUGUAUUUUCCAACCAUAUACGACAUCAAGCAUUUGAUGAAGUUCUGUAACAGUCUUCAUGGAGGUUUGAACAAGCUUGCUGAACUAUUGGAGGUUGAAAGAAUUGGGAUCUGUCAUCAAGCAGGUUCAGAUAGUUUGCUUACUUCUUCUACUUUCAGGAAGCUUAAAGAGAACUUCUUUAGUGGUUCAUUGGAGAAAUAUGCUGGUGUUUUAUAUGGUUUAGGUGUUGAGAAUUGACAGCGCUAUGGAAUUUGUUUAAAAAAUUAAAAAAAUAAAAAAUAAAAAAAGAAAGAAAGAAAAUAUGGUAGUUGUAUGUUAAGUUACAAUUUGUGUUGUAAUUCAUGGCACAAUACAGUUUGUACACUUCUUGAGGUUAAGAAAGGUUAAUUUUUGAUUUCUUGA